UAGGGUCCAGGAUGGCGUCGGGUUCAGGGGACAGCGGGACCGCCUGCACGCUGGAGUUCGCUGUGCAAAUGACGUGUCAGAGCUGCGUGGAUGCGGUUCGCAAGUCCCUGCAGGGGGUGGCAGGUGUCCAGGGCGUGGAGGUGCAGUUGGAGAACCAGAUGGUCUUGGUGGAGACCACCCUGCCCAGCCUGAAGGUGCAGGCCCUCCUGGAGGGCACAGGGCGGCAGGCUGUACUCAAGGGCAUGGGCAGUGGUGUAUUACAGAAUCUGGAAGCAGCAGUGGCCAUUCUGGGAGGGCUUGGCCCCGUGCAGGGAGUGGUGCGCUUUCUGCAGCUGACCUCUGAGCGCUGUCUCAUUGAGGGGACCAUUGACGGCCUGGAACCUGGUCCCCAUGGCCUCCACGUCCAUCAGUUCGGAGAUCUGACCAGCAAUUGUGCCAGCUGUGGGGACCACUUUAACCCUGAUGGAGCAUCUCACGGAGGCCCCCAGGACACUGAACGGCAUCGUGGAGACCUUGGAAAUGUCCAUGCGGAUGCUGAUGGCCGUGCAGUCUUUAGGAUGGAGGAUGAGAAGCUGAAGGUGUGGGACGUGAUUGGACGUAGCCUGGUGAUUGAUGAGGGAGAGGAUGACCUGGGCCAAGGUAGCCACCCCUUAUCCAAGGUUACUGGGAACUCAGGCGAGAGGUUGGCCUGUGGCAUCAUUGCACGCUCUGCUGGCCUGUUCCAGAACCCUAAGCAGAUCUGUUCCUGCGAUGGUCUCACCAUCUGGGAAGAGCGGGGUCGGCCCAUCGCUGGCAAGGGCCGAAAGGAGCCAGCCCAGCCCCCUGCUCACCUCUGAGC